AAAAGAUCAAAAAAGAUAAAGAGAAUACAAGAUGAGUCCAACAACCAUAAUAAGAAAUAUAAAUUAAAAGACAAGACUUAGAAUCAACUCCAAAUCCUAUCUUGAAGCACAUUUUUUUUCCAAGAAGUUGCAGAAGAAAUUGCUGAGAAGUUUGUGACUGGUUCAUCUUGAUUAGUUUUUCCGGCAAGAUGUCUAGUUUUACGGCAGAUGUCGAGAAGAAUUCCGGCAGGAAGCCCAAAUUUACCCGGACUUGUAGUAUGUUGAGUCAGUAUUUGAAGCAGAAUGGAAGUUUUGGUGAUUUGAGUCGCGAAAUGACUUGUAGUACUCCUCAGCUAGAUGAGAAGAAAGAGGAAACCCCCAUCACUAUGAAUUUGUUACCAGCGGAUGACUUUCCGGCAAAGCCAGUACCGGAAGUGAAACCGAUGGAUUUGUUUCCUCAAGAUACGGGCUACGUACGAAGUCUUUCUAUGAAAGAACCAGUCAAGGAAACCGUACCGGCAAAAGAAGUAGUGAAACCAACACAAGAUGGUGGUACUUCAAUGACGAUAUUUUAUGCUGGACAAGUACUAGUUUUCGACAAAUUACCAAAGGACAAAGCAAAAGAAAUAAUGGAUUAUGCCGAUGUUAUUAAUAGUAUUACUACUCCUAAUACUCCUCCGGCGAUCGAAAAACUCAUUGUGAACUCUCCUUGUAUUGUUGACUUGAAUUCUCCAUUAGCAUCAGAUGUUCCUGUUGCAGUUUCUGCUGGAAUUGGUUCCUCGAGUAAAGCUAAUCUUGAUUCAGGUGAAGAAAAGAUGGCCAAACAAAACCAUGUCCCGAUUGCAAGAAAAGCAUCUCUUCAUCGAUUCUUAGAGAAGAGAAAAGAUAGGAUUAUUGCAAAAGCACCUUAUCAAGUUGUUAACAACACUUCUUCCAGUACUGAAGUUUCAACCAAGCCUGCAGGAGAAAAAAAGUCAUGGCUGAAUUUGGCUUCCUUGAUGCCACCACCACCACCAAGAUUGCAUCUCCAACUGUAAUUCUCAUUAAGCUUCCUCAUCUUUUACCUUCCAUUCUACUUUAAAAAUACUUAAAUAUUAUUAAUGUAGUAAUUUAUUAGUAAUUAGGCCCAGCUUUGGGGUUUAGUCUCUUAACCCAUAUUUUUAAUGUACACAUUUUGGGGUCUAUUAACUAAUUCCCAUGACUGCCAUUAUCAUAUCAUUACAUAUGUCUCAUUCUUGUGUUGCAACAAUAAUACUACUAUUGAUUAAUCAAUCAAUAAUUCUCUUUGUUUAAA